CAAUAUAAUAGGGUUAUCGUGUGAUUGCCUGGAUAACAUGUGGUCACAUGUGAUGCUGACAUGGACGCGGUACAGCCUGUCUGGGAGGAAGCGAUGAUCAGCUGAGGACUGGAGUCACACUCGGGGAGAUGUGAUCAUUGAUCUCCUGGAGCCUCGAGGGAGAAGCUGUGCUUAGUGCUCCAGUCCUAGACACACAGCCGCGAGGAUGGCUAGCUUGUGGCUGAGGGCAAUAACUCCAAGAGGACGUAAAAUUUAUUUGGUGACAGCCACUGGGCUGUUUCUGCUGUCUAUAUCAUUGCUCAUUAUUAGAUCACUAAGUGGCAAGCUUCCUAUAAGACACCUGGAGUUCAACGAAGGAUUUUACCAAUCUCAAUAUUCAGAAUCUAGUUACCUACAGUAUUCGCGAAAGGACUGGGAAGAAAAAAUAAAUAAAGACAGCCAGAGAGGACUUGUUUGGCUGGUGCAGAUAUCGGAUAUUCACCUGCACAUGGGAGCUGUGGAGGAGGUGCAGCACUUCCAGGAGUUUGUGGAUGAUGCAAUAACAAUCAUUAAGCCUGCUGCUGUUCUUGUUACAGGUGAUCUGACUAACAGCAAGACUUAUGGUGUGAAGUUGGCACAACUUCCUCAAGAAUGGUCCAUAUACCAGCGGUCAGUAAAGGACAGACUUGCCCUCAACAAUUCAACACUCUGGCUAGAUAUUGCCGGAAACCAUGAUAACUUUGAUGAGGUAAAGCAGGCCCAUUUCAAAGCACAUGCUGUGCAAGUAGAUUUUGGCAAAAGCCGGACAGCAAAAGCUACAGUUAUUCGAAGCAUUCAUGGUCAGAAUAUUACAUUACUACCCUUGGAUGCAUCACUGAAGCCAGGAAUUAGGGCCUAUAAUUUUUUAGGGUACCUUCCUGAUGAAGAAUUUAAGGAUUUACUCAAUGCAGCCCAAGAGGCACGUACAAAGGGUAACAUUGUCCUGUUCUAUGGCCACUACCCAACUAGCACCAUUGUGUCAUCAAAGGAUUUGCGAAAGUUGCUGGCCAUGGGAUCAGCUUAUUUGUGCGGACAUCUUCACACAGGCUUUGGAUUUAUUGACCCCAUGUGGACAAGGCAUCCUAAUGGUCUUAUGGAAGUGGAAUUAGCUGACUGGUUCCACAAUCAUAGUAUUUUCAGGUAUCGCAUAAUGAGUGUUGAUAAUGGACAAGUAACAUGGUUAGAUAUCACCCAUCCUUCUUGGCCAGUGGUGAUUGUAUCGAGUGUUGGACGCUACCCAAAAGGACAGGCCUCUAUUAGAUACAUUGUCAGACUACUUGUGUUUACCAACGAGGAGAUUUCUGCAGUGUCAGUGAGGGUUGAUGAUAAUCUUGGACACUGGAUUGCUUGCAAACAUAAAUAUGGCCCACUAUACACUGCCACUGUUGAUGUGCAGACAGAUUCAUGGGAACCUCAUGCAAAGGAAGAUGAUUUUGUUAAAAACCUACAGGUGUUGGUUGGAAAUUCUUCUGGUAGCAAAACUCUUUUGCGGAUUGGGAUGGAAGGAGCUGGGUUCCUGCGACCACAGCCUUCUUACUUUGGUUCACUUAUCCUCUCCAUCAAGCUUCAUGAUGUGUUUUUAGUGAUCUACGUGACUGGUGUUGGCACGUGUUGUCUCCUCCUCCUCCUCGGCAAGUACCAAGUGAGAUGUGAUACUGUCAUACCAAAGCGAAUGGUUGGGGCUUCUUCAAGUCUAGGCAACAACCACACAGUAUUUGUUCUGCUGUUAACAUUUCUUCUCUACCCUUCCAUAGGUCCAUGGUAUAUUGGACAUCUGGCUAAAGACCAUUUUGGUGCAGUAUUCAUGUGGGGAAUCUUCAUCGACUCCUCAAUGUUACCAGGAGAGCUGACGUAUCCUGAUGCAUUCUUCCUAUGGAUCACACUACAAAUGCCAAUCUUUAUUGUCAUCUUCAUUAAAAAAAUGCUAAGCUUUGACUCAACCAGACAUCGUUGUGGGCGUUGGUUAACAGGCUGCAUGAUGGUCAUAAUUGGGUUUCAGCUGCCAAGUAUCUUUGCCUGGUUAGUACUGGACAGCAUCCUGCUUAAUGGCCCCAUUAGGCUUCUUCUGACAAUCAUUGCCAUAUCAUUGUGGAAGCGAGUACAGUAAACUUUUUACAGUUCAUCUGUCACGUCUGGGUACAGGAUUAUGCAGCAUUCUGUUUAGAUAGUUGCUACUGGUCUUCUUGAAAAAACCAUAUCAUGGAAAGCUUUAAACCAUUUUUGUUCUGUGUGUGAGAAAAACAAUUUCAGUUCCUGAAUUACCAAGGUUCAACAGCCAAUGUUGUGGCCAUAUUUAAUACCAAAAAACUAGAAAUAUAGGUGAUUAUUAUUUUUAAUCUAAAAUUGUUAUGCAGUCUCUUCUCUAGACAUUUAUAGCCAACUACAACCUUACAGAUGUUUUCAUUUUGACACUGCUUGAGCACUUUCAUAUUAUCAUCAUUUUUAGCUCAGCAUCCCUGUUCUUCUCCCAUUUGUCCUCAUUAUUUAUGGACCUUAUCACCAUCACCAUUAAUUCUUUCUACAUGCCCAAGCCAAAACCAAAUCUCAAUCACUUAUUUUUACAGUUUUUCCUUCAUUCCAUAUACUCCUUGGGCAUAUUCAUUCAUCACAUUCCAUUGUUUUCAUUCCACAUCUAGUCCCUCCCUUACUCCAGUCAAAAAUAUAUUGCUUACAUUUUUAUCAUUUUAAUUUAUUCUUCAAUAACUCUGUUAUAUACUGGAACAUUUAUUAAUUAUUUAAAAAUGUUAAUGCUGUUGAUUAAGAUGCAUAGGAUUAUUCAUGUUUUAAUAAUUGUUAUCUAUUUUAGUGGAAAGAAUUGUUUUAUAUAAGUUAAUUGUAUUUUCAGUUUGUGUAAGUAUAAUUUUUGAAUAAUUAUGAAAUAUAUACAAAAAUUCUUAAAUUUCAUCCAGUCUUUUGUAGCUAAACUUUAAGAUCUGCAUCUUUUACUGACAUAUGCAAUUUAUAUAUCUCUUACUAAUAUAUGCAAUCUCUGCAACACCAAAUUUCACAUUGUCAGGGUUAUGAACAAGCAGAGGACCACUAAAUACCAUUCAUCAUUUGACAGUGAUCUUCCAGGGUGGAAUUAUUUUUUUAGGUCCUUUUCUAGUGUACAGCAUUUGUGAAGUUUUCACUUAUAUCAAUUGACUAACAUUACCUGGCACAGGGUGAGACACAGGAGACUUAAAGAAUUAGGUAAAUCCUCUAAAGUAUAAGAAAAGGGUGAGGGAAAUGACAAAGUUGAAAUAGAAUAUGCUAGCAUAAGAAAGAUCCAAUACAUUUUUCAUAAUUUUUUUAUUUAGUGCAUCACUUAUAAACCUUUGCUUCAUAUAAAGAAAAGCAUAAUCUCAUAUAAUGAUUAACUUAUAUUAAUAAUUAUUUUAUUAUCUACUCAUUUGUACAAAAAGGAAUAUUCAGUACACUGAUUGACUGAAUAAUAUCUAUAUUUGUUGGCCAAUGAUUGCUGUAAAUGAUAAACACUUAGUUAUACACAUUGACUCGUUGGAUUUUCUUUCACUGUCAAGUAGUAAGCAGUCUUGUGUGAUCUUCCAAUAUGUAACUUAUUACUAUUAUUAUUAUUAUUAUUAUUAUUAUUAUUAUUAUUAUUAUUAUUAUUAUUAUUGUUUUCAUUAGUCACUUAAUUUUAUGUUGAAUUGUUUAGACACAAAUUAAAUAGGGAAUUCUAAGGAGAAAGCACAACAUCGUAGGAAUGGAUACUUAGCUAAUGAAUAUGAAACGAUUACCAGUAAUUAUCUAACAGUAAGAUAAAAUAACAAAAGUUUAUAGAUAUGGAAGGAACAAUAAGGAACAAAAGGAGCUUAAAAUUGUGUAUGAAUAAGCUGAAACUCCAUUGGUCUUCAUAAAUAUCAAAUUUUUUUCAAAGGUAAAAUUAACUGAAAUGGGUGUUCCAGGGAAGAUGCUAAAUAAAUAAAAUUUCAGAGGGAUUAUAAUUUGGAGCUCGUGUGAUACACCGGCUAGCACACUCACCCUGAAAGACUUGUACCAAGUACAAAUCCUAGAUAGGCUGGAACAAUUGUUGUAGUUUCUCUAUUCUAGUUAUCCCUUGUUCACUGAGCUGUAAUUGGAAACCCUGGUUGUAAAUCAAUGAGUUAAGCUUAAUAAUGAACUAAGGUUAAAUAAGUGUGGCAUGAAAAAUCAAGAAAGUGUGGUAUUGAGAGAAUGGAUUAAUUCAGAAUUUUUGUAUUCAAGAAAUAUGUGUACAGUAGUUAAAAAAUCAGUAACUCGUGAGAUUGAAAAGAGAACUGAUAUAAUUUGGUUAUGUAUAUGGAUUUCAUGAUUAUUGACUAGUAGACAGUGUAUUCAAGAAAAUUUAAGGGUGCAGGAGGUGAAAGUGAAGAGGAUGGGCAGAUGUUGAGUGUGAGCAAGUGAGGAAUGAAUGUAAAGAGUACAGAAGUUGUAGGGAAAAAGUCUAGAUUUCAGCAGUUUGAGGUGAGGGUGAAUAUUUUGUUCAUAACAAUUCACAAAGAACAUUGUUCUCUUAAUCUUAUGAAGUGGUAAUGUACUGCAGUGGAUGAUUUGCUAGAGUAGCAGUGCCAGUUCUCUGUGAUGCUGUGUAGUGUAUACAGUAUUACUGUAUGUUGUAAAUAGUUGGCUGUUAUUUUGUUAACAUCUUUAAAUCUUGUUUUUUCCUAUGCUGCUUCCCUAUCUUUAAAUUAAUGGCACCUUACCCAGUGAAAGUUGAAAAUGGGGUAUUUAUGAUAAUAAAUGAUAAGGAAAAGAGUAUAAAAGAACUCUCAAUCAAAGUACUUAAAAAUGCCAAACUAGACUGACUUGUAAGGACCAAAUUUGCAGUAUAUACGGACCUUGGGAAAGGUACUUAAAGGGAUCAACAUUCCUAUUGACUAUGCACCAGAGACAGUUUUUAAGAAGUAAAACUGUUUCUUAUAUCUUUACAAUAGAGUUUAUCAAUAGUAACCAGGAAUUUAUCAGUUCCAUCACAAGGAUUCCCAGUGGGGCAUUAUUAUAAGAAGAAUGUACAGUACUGUAAUAUGAGAUUAUUAGAAAAUUAUUAUAUGAGUACUGUAAUAUUAGAUUAUUUAGAGAUUAUAGAUUAAGUUGAGGUUAUGAGAAUAAGAAGUGAUAUGAAUAGUAAGUUAUUGCAGUACAGUAUGACGAGAUUAAUAAUUAGUAAUAUAGUCAAAUAAUGAUUAAUAAUUAGUAAUAUAGUCAAAUAAUGAAAUAAGAAUACAUUAUUAAUAAGAUAUUAAGAAAACUAAGAUGUAAUAUGGAAAAAAAAUAUUUUAACACUAUAUAUCAUACUCAGUGUAAACAAUGGCACAAAGAUAUGCUAGUGGCAUAACAAAUUUAGACCGCUUUCAGAUUCCAGAGAUUUCAUGUCACGCUUUACUACUUAUUAAAAUUCUUUUAUAAGUAAAGGAUAAUUGGGUAUAGAGUAUAUAAAAUGUUCUCAUAUUUUACUCUUGUUCCCUGGGAGUUUGUUUGCUCUUAUGUGACACCAUAUUAGGUUGAAAAAGCUGUUUUCAUACUUUGUCUGUUAUGGGACAUAAGAGUUAAGCAUAUAAAGAGAUUAUGUGAAUAAUAAGAGAAUUGAGAUGAUGAAACGUGACAAGGUAUGAAAUAUAUGCAGAAUGUAAAGUUGAAAGAGAUAAAUGCAUAGAUAAAAUUGUGUUGUAUAAGGUAAACACUUACGUGCAUCAUAAAUUAAUCACUAGAGAACCCUUUAUUUAUACUUCAAUUAAUCCUAAAAUCAUAUGAAAAUUUACAAUAGAAUUUAUGCAUCUUCAUGUUACAUUAUUUGUACGUGGUUCUCUUAAGAACACAGUAAUUUAAUUGUAAUGAAGAAAGUAACAAUUUCUUGAGAUCAUCAAUUUUGAUAACUGCUGUACAAUAUUUAGAUGGUUAUUGUAUAAAUUAAAACUUACCUAGCAAAUUUCAAACCAUUAAAUAAUAUCUUGAAAUAUAGCACUAGCUCUUGUUAAAAGUUUAAGACUUUUUGUAAUGUAUUUUUAUAAUUUUUUUGUGUAAAAAGAGCCGUGUAUGGCUAUAGAAAUGAGUGUAGUAAUACUGUAUUGCUUCUGAAGUUCAAAAAUUUUUCAGUUAUUUAGAGUAACUAAAUGUUAGCAUUUCUAGUAUGCUUUUUAAGCUCUUAAUAGAAAAUUUAUUUAAAAUGAAAGGUUUAUGCUCUGGCUAUGAAAUAGCACACACUGCAUGUAGUUACAUGUAAGUUAGUUGAAGAUGCAUUUUUCAAAUAUGCAGUUAAUUAUUCAGAGAAAAUACUUGUCAUUUUCUAAGAAAUUUUUUAUUCAGAACUUUUAUUAGGUUUUGUAGAAUAAAGGAUAAACAAAUUUAAGGUCAGUUACCUUUGAAAAGGUAAUUUUCUGAGUUAUUCCACUUAGAUGCUCCCUAUGGCAAAAUCACUAUAGGUACCAUUGGACAGGUUCAUGUUAGAAAAUGCAAGGUAAUAUUCUGCACCAUUGCAGCUAGGAUUUUUUUCAAAUACCUGUACUGUAUGUCUGUUAGGUCAUAUUGAUGCUAGAAAGGCACUGGAGGAAAGUUCAGUCUAGUCCAGAGUGACCACAGAAAGUUAAUUAAUAAACACAAAUUCUUUCCAAUUCCUUCUUGACAUCAUAAAGACCACAAAGUAGUACUCGUGUAAAUUGCCUAUUGGCAUAAUCUCCACCUCUUCAUUGGCCUCUUAUUAAAUACUGCUUACCAAUUCUUUUUCUGUCUACUGUCCUGUCUUCGGUUUCUUUCCUUUUGUUUUCAGUUGUAUGUGUUGUUGAGGAAAUUCUCAUUCUUACCACACGUCACUAGUCAUGGUAACUGCUUCAUGCAUGUGAUAGCCAAACUAGUGUACCUAACACUGCUUCCAAGUGUCUUGUCAUUAAGAACCAGAGAUAUUUGGGGAAGAAUCUACAUAAGGAUGUCCCCUGAAAUAUAGGGGAUUCCUAAAGUGAUCAAAGAUAUAGAAAUAAGUAGCAUUAUAUGUUGAUGUGAUUUUAUUGGUAAAUUUGUAUUUGAUAAUUGGAAGCAUUUACCAUCCAUUUUUAUUUUAGUCAUUUUGACAUUUAAUGGUCCAAUUUUGCUGUAAACAUUCUCCGUAGAAUUUGAGUCAGUUAUGUUGCAGACAAGCCAUAUUAUACUUAUUUAUAUAAGUACUGUACUGUACUUUGGUAGUAUUCUCAAUUAUUAUUUAUGUAAAUAUUGGGUUUUUGUGACAAUUGAAUUACAGGAUUUUUAGUAAAUUAUGUGUAGCAUUAUGAGAGAUAAGGAAUGAUGUAUUAAAUUAUCAUAUUUUACAUGUUAUUAUAGCUAAUAUAGCUAGAUUUCUAAUACAGUACUGUAUUAAAGAAAAAUUAAGUGCAUCAUCCAUGUUCUCUCAGAGCAAAUGCAGAGCUAUAAUUAUUGAAACCCAUUAGUAUAAAUUUACUUAUUCAUAUUUUGUUGAAACUCAGAUGCAUAAAUAUACAGUAUACGGAAAAUUGUAAUGCUGUAAAUGUAUAUAUAGUAAUCUAAGGUUAAAUGCGUGGUCAGUAUACAGUAUAGAUAGAAGGCAUGAUUUAGAAAAAAAUUGAAUUAAGGUUGGUUUGUGGCAGACCUAUUUAAAUUGUAAGACAUUUACAAAUACAGUAUUUAUUUAAGGAAAUUGGCAAUAUAUUGAUCUCUUUGUUUACCAAUUCAUUGAUGUAUAUAUUUUAAUUUUUAUGUCAAAUAAAAUGGUGUAUAUGUAUAUUCAUCUAUACUAACUGUAUGUCAAAUUAACUACAUACAAAGCUUUCUAGGCCAAAUGGUGAUGAUAUAUACAUCAUCCAUUCAUCAAGUGUCAAAACAGUAGCAAUACUCAUAUCAUUUGCUCAAGUGAUGUUCAUGUUUGACUGUCAGAUAUGGCAGCCAUAUGCUUGCUGUGAAUAAAGUAUUUAAAAACAAGUACAGUAUAAAAUAUAUUUAGAAAAGGAAACAUUCAAGAGAUAAUAAAUGACGAGAAAUACUGAAAUGAGGUGGAAAAAUCUGAGGCUAUAUUUAGUAUUCAGACGAUGCAAAAACACAUCAUCCAUGCUCCAAUGAUGCUCAAGCUCCAUCUCCAAUUUCCAAAUCUUUUUAGCACAAUGUGGACAUAGUUUACAAGGAUACCAACCAAAGUAUCAGGGGACCAUUUAGAGAUCACCUCAGCCAACUACCAACUUGAGACUAAUUACUCUGCUUGUGAGUAUUUUGACAAAACUUUUUAUAUUUUUUCUGGCAGAUAAUUUGCAAAGCAAUGUUUUUCUUUUUACAGCAAUAUAAACCAUACUUUUGUGCAGUUCCAUAUUAAGUUUAAAAUAAGAGGAAUUUUGAAGGUAUAUAAGGAAUGUUGAAAUAUUCAUAAACAUAUGUAUAUUCAGCACUGUUAUGCAUUAUUUAUCAAAAUGCAUUUUAUUUUUCAUCUAUACUCUAGCAAAUUCAUUUACAUGUUUUGAGAUCAAAUUUUUAGCUUUAGCCCAAAACUAUGAAAACAUAAAAAAGAAAAACUAUAUACUAUAAAUAUCUUAGGCAUCACUGAGUGGGAAAUUGAGGUGCCCAGAAAGUUGUCGGGUGUGGGCCAACAUGUAAUGCGAAGUAUUAAUAUUUUUUGUUGGCAUGUUGAUUCGUCAAAUUAUUUAAUUAAGCUUUUUUUAUAGCAGUUGAUGAAAUCUCAUGAGUAUGCAAUAGUGAAAUACUGUACAGUAUAAUUCAAUAUUUAAAUGGAAACCAGCUCAAAUGUUCCAGCAAACAGAACAUCAAAUGCAAUGGAAGGAUUCUGAUCAUAUGCAUCUGGCCACUCAAGAGAAAAUCUGUAAACAUGUUAAAAGCUCUCUUAACAAAUUAUUCUGCCACUCAUAAUUGUAAUUAUCCACCAUAUCAAAAGACAGAAGGCUAGUUGUGGCAGUGGCAUAAUAUUGAAAGUUGUAAUGUAAUUUUUUUUCAAUUACAAAUCUAUCUUUACAAGUGAUUUUCAUAUCAAAAUAUGCUAAAUCAUAUUGUUAUUUUCACUAAUAACAACAAAUGUCAUGUAGUAAUUUUUGCCAAAAUGUAGCAAGGAUUAGAUGCAAUGGAGGGAGGCGGGUCCAGAUACAGUUGUUUCAUUCGAGUUGAUUUCCACUAUAAAAAUCUUAAUGUUUAAUGGUAAAAUGCAUGUUGACAGUGAGUGUGAACUACUAUACUUCUCCUUGUAACUAUUCAGCAGUUAUUUAUUUGGAUAUGUACUGUAUACUAAAUCAGCAAUAUAUUGUUUUAACUCAACUAAGAAAUACUUGUUAAUAAGGUUAUGUAAUUAACGUUAGUGUUCUCAGUACUGUACUGGGCUUUCAUGAAAUGUUUGAUGUUAGUUUACCAUCUAAUUUUUGCACACAGGAAAAUGAGGGAUAAUCAAUGCUAUCUUCAUUAAUUGAAAAAAAUAUAUAAAGCUUGUGAUAAUUAGUGUUGAGUAUGCUCAGUUGUUAGAUUAAUGAGAUGCUUGAUCUCUCUGACUUAAUUAAUGAAUAUUCAUAUCUUUGUCAUACACAUUCCAGACUACAACAUUUGUACUGUACUGUAUUAAUCUUCUACCUAAUACAGUUACCAGUAGCAAUGUAAACCUAGAGUAUAAAGCCUACAUGUUUUUAUCUUCAUUUAUGAAAACUUAAUAAUUUUAAUUUUAUCAAUCAGAGAACUUAUUGUCUUUAUUACUAUACUGAUCAGAUGGAAGUUUUUUGUGUUCAAUACAUUUUAUGGUGUUUUGGCGACAUACGAUUGCUAUAAAAUACUUUCUGCAGUCCCAUUUUCUUCAUAUUUUUCCCCACUUUAUUUCAUGUUAACUUUGUGUACCAAGGAGGUAGUUGAGGUAGCUAGAUUCUUGUUUACCUAAGUAGUGGUGCAUAUGAUUUAUAAUUUUUUUUCUAGUUUAACAAAUCUUGACUUUUUGUCUAUCUUAAUUAUCAUGGGCGACAGCUUGGGAUGCAUCCACUAUUGUUCAAUUUCCCUCCAUUAAAUUAUUAAAUUAGUAACUAAACAUUGGUAAAUAAAGUAUUUCCAUAAUUUCUUUUAAUAAAUUUUGUAAAACUUGCUGAAAA